AUGUCCAACAAUGACUGUAGAAUUUACGUUGGAAACCUUCCACCAGAUAUACGCACAAAAGAUAUCCAGGAUUUAUUUUAUAAAUUUGGUAAAGUUUUGUUUGUCGAUUUAAAAAAUCAACGAGGUCCACCUUUCGCAUUCGUCGAGUUUGACGAUCCUAGGUAAUAUUAUAUGUUUUCUAUUAUAAUAACACUUUUAAUAAAAACAAAUGGAAUUUCAAUUUCUAUAUUUCCCUAUAAAAUUUUAAAAUAAUAUUAUUAUAAUAAUAAUUUAAAAAUGGAACGAAUGUAAUUUAGCUGUCAAGCGAUUUUUUAAAAUUUUUUUUCCAAAAUGUGUGUUUUUGCGUGCUUAAUUUAAUAUUACUUUCAAAAAAAGUCGCUCGAAGUUCAUUUGGAAGUUAUGGUUAAAAAAUUUCAAUUUUUCUGAAAACUAAUUUUAUAUAAUUUUAAGUUCAAAAUUACAAAAAUUUAUAUUUUUUUUAUUUUUUUUUUUUAUUUAGAAAUGUUAAGAAUUAUAUACCUAACAUUUUGAUGAAAUCAGAAUUCAUCUAUCAUUCUUACUUUUUAUGUUGUUGUAAAUAAACCAUAUAAAACAUAAUUAUAAUGUUAUUUCAAUCAUUUGCACAUUAAAGUAACUCAAAAUUGAAUUUUGGACUUUUUUUUCCAAUCAGUGUGUAAUAACAUAAACAAGUUUUUAGUGAAAAUUUAUUUUUAGUUUGGAAGAAAUAGUGGAAAUAGAAAAUGUUUCUUCCCUUUUAUUGGAAAUACAAAUUGUUAGUAUUUUAAACUUAAAAACACGAUUUUUAGAAAAAUCAAGCAUUUUGAAGUCUUUUAACCAUAACUUACAAAUGAAGUUUGAGCAACUUUUUUUUGAAAAUAUCAUCAAAUUAAGCAUGCAGAAACACACAUUUUGGAAAAAAAUUUCAAAAAAUUGCUUGAGAGCUAAACUGUAUUUAUGCUUCAAAAUGUACAUUAUCUACCACAAAUUUAAAAUAAAUGAAACAUUCAGAAUAGUUUUUUUCAUUACCAAUAAUAUGUAUAUUUUUAUUAAUUUAUCUAAGUAUUAUAAGGUAGUUAUCAAUUAUUUUAAAGUUUUUUAAACUAUAUCAUAUUUUUUUUAUAUUUUUUUCUCAAUAAUUUUUAAAUUAUGAAUAACAAUAAAAAUGUCAGUAAAUAGAAAGGUAUUAAUUAUUAGAGUAAGUCUAUAUUUCAGCUUUUCUUUUUUUUCUGAAAUAUAGCAAUGUACUCUGAUACACAGUGAUCAUUGUAGAAGUAACAAUGCAAAAUCCGAAGAAAAAAUAAAACAUUAUUAUGAUUCAAUAUAAGUUACAACAAUUUUAAAACUUAAGUGUAUAUUCUCAACGAUUUUCCAAUAUAUAACUCUAUAUUAAUAUUAUAUGUCGAUAAUAAUAUAUUAAUAUGUAAACAAAACAAAUUAUUUACAGUCAAAUUUGGUGUAUUUAACAUAGUACAAUGUAUUACUGAUUACACAGAACUUGAACAAUUUUACAAAUAUUACCACUUUUGUAAUUAUAUUAUUAUAACAUUAAAAAUAAAGUUAUUAACACCUUUCUUAUCCAUUAUAAUAUGUCUGUAGUUAUUAUAUAUCUGAUUGAUAUUCGAUAUGACAGAUAAACCAUUUUCACUCUGAAUUGUUUUUAUCAUAUACAAUAGGUAAUUUAUCAUUGAAUCCAAAUUUAAAAUUAUUUGUGGAGAAUUUUACUAUAUGAAAUAGUAUAAUACUAAUAUUUAGAUUAAUUUGAAUUUUUAUCUAUUACAAUAUUACCCAUUACCUUUUGCAAAAACUCUUAUGGGAUUAUUUUUUUGAGGGUUUUUUUUUUCAGAGACUAAAUUUUCGUGUUAACAUUCCAAACCAACACAUUUGAUGAUGUUUUUUUUUUCUUUAAUGAACAUUACUUAUAAUUGGUACUUUUUUAAUUUUUUACUAACUUAAUUUCAUAAAUUGUAAUAACUUUAUUUUGAAUUGAUAAUUGUACUACUUGUAUUUUUACAAUACCGAUAAAUAAAUAAAAUAUUUAAUAUUAUAGAGAUGCUGAAGAUGCUGUUCAUGCCAGAGAUGGUUAUGAUUAUGACGGUUAUAGAUUACGUGUAGAAUUCCCACGAGGCAAUGGUCCACAUAGAGGCGGUGGUAAUUAUAAUAGAGGAGGUGCUGGUGGUGGUAGCGGAAGAAGUAGAGGACCACCUGCUAGACGUUCCCAGUAUAGAGUGCUUGUUACUGGUGAGUAUAUAAACUUGUAUUAUGUAAAAAAUAAACCUGAUUUACUGUGUAAAGUGUUUAACUCAUUUUCUUAUAUGUAUAUAUUAUAUUAUAUAAUCUAGUAUAUAAUUUUUUAGGAUUACCAGCUUCAGGAAGUUGGCAAGACCUAAAAGAUCACAUGCGUGAAGCAGGAGAUGUUUGUUAUGCGGACGUGUACAAAGAUGGAUCAGGUGUUGUGGAAUUUUUACGUUAUGAUGAUAUGAAAUAUGCAGUUCGUAAGCUAGAUGACUCAAGAUUUAGGUCUCAUGAGGUUUGUUCAGUUAUUAUAAUGUUACUGUUUUAAAUUUGUUAUUCAAGCAUACAAAUUAAUUAAUGAAUCGCUAUAAUUUUUAUUUUUAUCUAGGGUGAAGUAUCAUAUAUACGUGUAAAAGAUGAUUAUGGCGGUGGAAGCAGUCGUCGCAGUCGUGACUAUAAUAGUCGUAGUCGUAGUCGUUCUGCUAGCUAUUCACCACGAGAUCGUGGAACACCAACUUAUUCACCAGUUAGAAAAAGCCGUAGUUAUUCAAGAUCUCGUUCCCGCUCGUAA